AUGAUGCGCGAGAGCAUCUAUACACCACUAAUCCUGGCCAUGGGCGCCACCCUCGUCUUGGGAGCCCACAACCACCACAAACAUCACCAUGGAAAGAUCAAGCCGCAUGUUCAAAUGGAGCCUAGAGACUUGAACUGGAUCGACCACGUUCCCGCAGAUAUGAAUGUGGAGAUUCGCACCCUGACGACCACUGUCUUUAAAGACUGUAUUCCCACCAACACUAGAUAUGUUACUACGACUAUUUUCGAGGACUAUCCCGAGCCUACUGCUAUUCCUCCCAAGCCCAUUGCUUCCCAAGAGUUGCCAAUGGCCGCUAUCCCUCGGCCGUUGCCAGUUGAAAGUGUUCUCGAACCAGCAACAGCUACAAUCCAAGCUAUUCCGCCGAAGUUCUCUGCGAUUGAAGCACCGCAGCAGCCAGUCUCUUCAAUUACAUCAGAAACCGCCUCCCAGUUCGAACCUAUGGACCUCCAGUCCAACCAUAUCGAGGCAUCCGUGUCUCAAACACUAGCUCAUGAGGAGACAACCACCAUACACAUGACCAAGACAAUCACAGACAUGGAAACAGCCGCCCCAAGCGUCUCCAAUAGCAAGCCAGCCUCGUCUUCCAACCUUGAAGCACCCUCACCAUCCGAGACCUCGGCAGAGGAGCGUCCAUUACCCAAUGGUCCUAAAACAGACUCGGCCCCCCAUAAUCCCAACCUUCUCCAAUCGAUUCCGAAAAUCUUGCCAGACAACCCGACAGACAUACUCCCCCACCUUCCCGUUUCUGGACUCGACAACGUCCUCCACCCCGAUGGACCCGCCAUUCCAGAAGGUAUGCAAUGGACAGACCUUCCCGCCAACAACGACUUCUCGACCCGCCGUUUCGGUGGUCACAGCAAGCCAGCCGGAACACUCAUCGAAUAUCACGGGAAUGUCGGAGUACCCUGGGGCAGCAACAUCAUCGAAGUCAGUCCAACAGAGGCCCACCGGUACAAGUACGUGGCUCAAUUCACCGGCUCCAACACUGAGCCCUGGACAGUGAUUGUCUGGAACAAGAUCGGGCCCGACGGCAAGAUGGACGGGUGGUAUGGUAACUCUGCCCUGACUUUUAUCCUGGCACCCGACGAGACGAAGUACAUCGCCUUUGACGAAGAUUCCAUCGGUGCAUGGGGCGCUGCACCCGGAACAAAGGGCCUUCCGACGGACGAUUUUGGUGGAUAUACCUCUACCUGGGGCGAGUUUAGUUUCGGCGAUAUCGAGAAUAAUGGCUGGUCUGGUUGGGAUGUAUCUGCCAUCCAAGCGCAAAUUGCGAAGCAGAAGGUAGAGGGGAUGCGGAUAUGCAUGGCUGAUGGGAAAGGAUGCUCUAUACUCACCCCGGGCGCGAAGAAGGUCAUUAAUGCAUAUACCGAGUCAAAGAAGCACCAUGAUGGUAUUGGUGGUGCAGCGCCGCCGGGACCGGUCCGGUUGGCUGUCGACCUGGACUAUACGGAAUAA